GUUCUUGGUUCAUCGCGGCCAUUUUCGAGUGAACGUGAAUUUAUGAUGGUUCAGAAUAAUGUUUGAUUAGUGCUGCGCAUCAUUUUUAUAUUUUAUUCGAAUUUUCUUUUAAAUUGAAUUAUAGUCGGAUCGAAUUAUUGAAUUAUAAUUGCGUGAAGACUUCGCGUUGUUUUCUGUUAUCCGCUUUAAAAUUUUGGUGUUCCGCGGUUGAGUAUAAUUGCGUCCUGAGGCUUUGCUGUAUUCAGUUGCUUGCCAGCUUGUCGCGUAAUCAGCCUUACAAAUCAAAUCGAAUUGAAUAUGCAGUACGUACAAGUGACCGACGUCGAAGAUUCGGAACCCAUUGAAAUUCCGUCCGAAGAUGAUGGAACACUCACGGUUUCAUCAUUAGCAGCUCACUACCCGGGUGCUACCGGAUUGAAGUAUCGUCUAGACGGCCACACUCGUGCUGUAAAACUAGCAAACGGAAUAUUAUAUCCGCCGGAAAACGGUUGGGGAGAAAGAACUUAUUACUGUAUUUUUCCGAAAGACAAUACAAAACGCAAGGCUGACGAUGCUUUAGAAACGUCCGAGUCGAAAACUUCCAAAGUGGAUACCGAGUCCAAAUGGGUGCAUACCGAUUUGGUGGUAUUAGGGUUACCUUGGAAAACAACGGAUAAGGAAUUACGAGACUACUUUUCUAAAUUCGGCGAACUACAAUUAGCGCAGGUCAAAAUCGAUCCCAUUUCGAAGAAAUCCAAAGGCUACGGUUUCAUCAGAUUCGCUGACCAAGAAGUUCAAGUGCGAGUCAUGUUGCAAAGACAUCAGAUAGACGGCCGAUGGUGCGACGUACGGAUUCCCGUUUCCAAGGAUAGCGUCGGCAAGAAGUCUCCGUAUAAGGUGUUUAUAGGGCAGUGUACAGAAGAUUUGACUGAAGACGUAUUACGAGAAUAUUUUUCGCAGUUCGGCGAAAUAAGUGACUUGUAUGUGCCGAAGCCGUUCAGAGCUUUCGCAUUUGUGACAUUUGUUGAGUCUAAUGCCGCGAAAAACGUAUGCGCUCAAGAGCAUCAAAUUAAGGAUACAAAAGUUUAUGUUACUGAAGCGGUGCCGAAAGGAGAAACAGAGAAAUACGAGCGUGGCCGCUCGCGCAGAGAUAAUAGAAACAGACGAGGAGAUUACAGUGGUGCAAAUUAUGACGAUUAUUAUGAUAGAAGGCGGCCGUGGGCUGGUGGUAGAGAGGAUGGUGGUGGUUGGCGAGAGCGCUGGAAUGAUGAGCCCGGUUACAAAGAUAGUUCGUGGAGGCAAAAGAGCAGUGGUUGGGCUCGUUCUCCGUCCGGCAACAGGUGGAGAGAUUCCGUUGUGCCGCCGGCCUCCGAUGGAAAUUUCGACCCCGACGUGGUAGCGGCCGUCGUCAAUAAAGCCGUCAUGGGCGUUAUCGGCAAUUUGAAAGGAGCCCAGCCAACACCCGCCUCUGAUUUGGCGCCAGCUAACGGCGGCGGCUACUCCAAAGAAGAUUGGUGGAGUCGUAGAUGAAUGCCAACAACACCAACGCCAACACGAACGCGAACGCGUACGCGAGCGCCGCCGCCGCCCACGCAUUAUCGCAUCGUCUUGUGUUAGAAACGCUUUUUCCUCCUUUCGUACAUUCUAUCUAUCUAUAAUAAUAAGUAUGUAACUUAAUUAAUUAAUCGAUUACGUAAUUAAUUAAUUGAUUGAUUGAUCGAUUGAUGUCAUUUUUAUUCUAUCAUUACUUAUACUACUACUACGUAUGUAUUAUUUUGACGAUUAUUUUGCUAUUUUCCCCCCUCUCUCUGUCUUUUUUUCUCGAUAUUAUUUUACCGUUUUAAAUUAUUACACUUCACUCUUUGAUGUAGCUAUGUUUGCCGUUGACUUUAAGAAUCAAUUAUGUCUUAUAUACUGUAUGUCUGCAAUUUUUAUGAUUUGUAUGAUUAAUAAAUGAAUUGAACUAUA